AUGUUUGAUUUAUUUUUUCACGGGGUCGUAGAUGGCACAAAGCAACCAAACAUCAAACAAGUAAUCGCAUUAAGCAGUAAUGGUCCUUCUUAUCACCUCACCAACACUCCCUCUUAUCACCCCACCAACACUCCCUCUUAUCAUCCAACAUCUCCCAAAGAUUUGACAAAAGAGUCUACAGAUGAAGCGGACAAGCCUAUUGAACAAAUGCAAAAUGAUCAUACCAGUGAUUCUGAGCAUGAGGAUGAAAAAGAGAAAAAUGCUCCUGUUGAGGGGGAAGUGUAUGAGGAGAUGCAGAAUGCUGACGACGUUGUCAAAGACAUAUCUGAAGAUGGCUCUCCAACAAUUGCAAACCCAGGCACUGAUGGUCCAGAUGACGAAGAAGAAGAGGAUCAUUCUAUGACCAAUAUUCACAUGGAUCAUGUUGAGGAUGAAGAUGAGGAACAAGAUAAUGAACCAGAGAAUGAGCAAAACAAAGACAUGCUCAAGACCAACCCAACUUCUGAUGCUGCCAAAAGGACCAUAGUGCCUUCGACUGAAAACAUUGUUACCCUCUCUCCAGAAGAGCUGGAAGCGUUGAAAAAGAGAAAUCCAAUGGAAUACCUGAAGGCCAUUAUCAGUGCAAGGGGUAGCUCGAUUGAGAAAGGCUUUAAUACUUCAACAGUGUCAGGUGGCCAAUCGACAAGCAAAUAUGGUGAUUAUUUGCCUUUUGGCUUUAUGUAA